AUGUGUGAGAGAGAGCGAAAGGGAGGAGGAGAACAGGGUGAGCUAAGGGAGGGGGAAAACGGCGUAUGCUUGUAUACAACAACCCCUGAUUUCCAUUUUUUCCCCAACUCGUAAUGUAUUUAAUUCAAGUGAAACGUAAUCAUGACGUGUCCUGUCAUUAAUCCGCCCGCCGCCUCUCCCAGGACUAAAGGAGGUGGCCGUCAAAGCAGUGUGUCCCCCGUCUGCCAAGAAACUGAAACAUGGAAUAGCAGUAAACACACGACUGAGAAUGGAUUCUCCUCCUGAAUGUGUGUUGGCUCUUUCAUGUGAGCUGCCCCAGUCACCCCCAACACUACCAUCGCUGGACCACAGUCCCCAGGCCUCUCCUCACUCUACCUCCCACCUCUCCCCUUCACACAGCCCCCUGGACCUGCCCCUAGCCCAUAGCCCCUCAGCCCUGUCCCACACACCAGAACCCCUGUCGAACACCCUAGACACCACCCCCUACUUCCCCUUCUCCUCCUUCCCCCUCAACCACCACAAUGAGGAAGAGGAGGAGGAUGAAGAUGAGCUGUCAGCCCCUCCGUCCCCCACCCCGGCCGUGGCUCUCUUCCUGGGGGGUCUUCCGGAGGUGUGUAGCCCCUCUUCGGAGAGCUCUCCUCCGGUCACUCCGACAUCAUCGGCCCCUCUCCCCGGGUUCGGGGCCCUGGAGCUGGCCCUGUCCUCCGGGCAGCAGGGUGCCACCUGUAGUGAUGAGCUAGACCUCCAGCUCUUCCAUAAGGACGGGGGGAGUCUGUUAGGGUCUCUGCCCGGGAGGAAGGGUGUUUCUAGGGGAGCGGCCGGACUCAAGUUCCCCUGUCUGGUUUGUGGGAAGAGAUUCCGCUUCCAGAGUAUCUUGUCGCUCCACGCCCGCGCUCACAGUCUGGACCGGGACCGCCGCGCCUCAGCUCUGUACCGCAACACCGGCACCAUGACCGGGAGCAUCAUUGGGACAGGGUCCACGGCGCAUCUCAAAGCCCACCAGAACCACAACGACGUGGGACAGAACCACCACAGCCACCGCCAGAGUCCCCUGCUGUCUGUAUCUCUAACCCAGGGACUGAGAGGGGAGGAUGGGGAUGCUCUAGAGGAGGCUCUGCAGGUGGAUCACCAGACCCUCCAGCCGUUCCUAAUGGAUGACAGCACACCGCUGAGCCCUCCACUGACCGAGGAGGUGCCCCUCUCCCUCACCUCCCCCUACUCCUCUUCCUGCGGCCUGGGUGGCACAGGUCCUGCCAUCUUAGAAGAAGCCGCCCUGGCCACAGUGGCAGCGCCCGCAUUCCGCUGCCACGCCUGCAAGGGUAAAUUCCGCACGGCCUCUGAGCUGUCUCGUCACGUCCGCAUCCUCCACAACCCGUACAAGUGCACCCUGUGCUCCUUCUCUGCCAGCCAGGAAGAACGCCUGGCCGCACACCUCCACGACAGCCACCCCUCCCUGUCCCUCUCUCCCCCGGUGGAACUCCCCGCCCUGCCCCCCUACACCCCCAGACACCCCCCCAUCAUAACCACCACCACUGCCAUCAUCCCCACACCCAUCCCAGACACUCUCGUUCCCACCCCCAACCCGACCCCCACCCUGGCCCCAGGGGCUCCGCCUCUGCCGGCCUUCCGCUGUGAGACGUGCGGCCAGCGCUUCACCCAGUCCUGGUUCCUGAAGGGCCACAUGAGGAAGCACAAGGAUUCUCUGGACCACAAAUGUCAGGUGUGCGGCCGUGGCUUCAAGGAGCCUUGGUUCCUCAAGAACCACAUGAAGGUGCACCUCAACAAGCUGGGCCUGAAGGCAGGUCUGGGGGGUCUGGGGGGGCUGGUGGCUCCUGUGGCCGGGGCUGAACAUAGAGGCCCCAAAGGCUCGGUCACCAGCCAGGGCCUCAACGCUCUCUACUCCAGUCUCUUGCUGGCUCGUGGUGGAGGGGGGAGAGGGGGACGAUCAAGGGCUGAGCGGGACGGCGCCGGAGUCUCUAGUAAAUCGGCCAUCUUGGGCUACCUGGGGUUGCCCAGCGAUGGCGGUGGCGGCGCCAGCUGCAUGGAACGGCUGCAGGCCGUGGCUCAGGUGGCGGAGAUGGGGAAUGGGAGUGGAGGAGGAGGGGGAGGAGGAGGAGAGGCAGCGGCAGAUGGAGGGGACCAGAUCGCCAUGUGGCAGCUGGUAGCCCGUAGCCUAGUAGCAGCUCAACAGGCCCAGCAAGCCCAGCAGGCUCAGAGGCAGAACCAGAGGACCCAGCACCUGCACCGAGCCCCAUCCAGGAGCUCCGUGGUGGGGGAGGCUGAGCAGGUCAGGGCCUACCUAGGAGGUCUGGAUCCCCGAGAGGAGCCUCCGUCCUCCGGAGCCCCAUGGGAGUGCCCCGACUGUGGGAAGCUGUUCCGGAGCCUGCAGCAGGUGGUGGCGCACGCCCGCGUCCACGUCCAGCGGCCCCAUAAGAACCACGGUCACCCCCCGCGCUACGCCGGAGGAGGAGAGGAGGAUGGAGGAGCGAGCCGGAGUGGGGGAGGACGAGGAGGAGGAGGAGGUGGGAGAGAAGGUAGUAGCGAGGGAAGACAGGAGUCCAAACUUCAAAGUGGACCUCAACAUCAGUCAGCAGCCGGAGGAGGGUUCCACUCAGUGAUGUCACAGUUCCAAGGAGAGAACGGUCUAUCUGGGUCAUCUUCAGGUUCGUCUGUGACUUCUAGGGAGCGUGUGCGAGGCACAGGGGUGAAAGACUGCCCCUAUUGCGGUAAAGCUUUCCGCUCGUCCCAUCACCUUAAAGUGCAUCUGAGAGUUCACACAGGGGAGAGACCGUAUAAAUGUCCCCACUGUGACUACGCGGGAACCCAAUCAGGCUCUCUAAAGUACCAUCUCCAGAGGCACCACAGAGAACAGAGGAACGCCAUGGGGGCCUCUUCAUCCACCGCCUCCUCCCCCGGCCUCACUUCUGCCUCUCUGGGAGGUGGUGGAGGAGCUCCACGGGGGGAGGGAAGGGAUGGGAUGGCCAAACAGCGCCGGCCCCAGAGCUUCACCCAUGGCUCAGCCGCCAGAAUCCCGGCAGAGACCGCAUCCUCCAGGCACAACCAGCACCAGCCCUGGAUCCUGGGCCUUCCCGAGCAGAGAGACAGGGACCAUGGGAAGGCCAUGGGAGGACUGAGGGAGGCAGAUCUGGAGAGCCAGUACCGGUACCUAUCCGGGGUGAUGGGGGCGCUGUACCAGGGGGGGAUGGAGGGAGGGUGGACGGGGGAGUCCCCUACCUCCACCCCCACCCCGCCCCCGCCAAAGGCGCCCAAAGUGUCUCGUCGCAAACCACUCACCACCAGCCGCAUGGUGCCAGCUAACGGGAGGGAGCGGAUGGGAGGGGGAUCAGCUCGGGGCACCCAGGAGGGAGGCUUGUUGUCCCAGCCCCUGGAUCUCUCCCGCCGCCCCUCCCCUGGGCUCGGAGGUCUGGAGGAGGAUGGAGUACCGGGAGGGGGUGGUGGAGGAGGAGGAGGAGCAGGGGUCACCCUUAACCAGUGCCUGUUCUGUCCCUUCCGUACCUGCUCAGCCGAGCUGAUGGCCAUGCACCUCCAGGUCAACCACACCAGCAAGUCCAGGCGUAAGAGGGGGGCCCACAACCCCAGCUCCCUGGGAGAACACGGGCCCCAGAGGCCACCCCAACCCCGGGCUGACCCAGACCCCCUAGCCCUGUGGAGGUACCUGAGCGAGAGUGAAGAUAGGGCCCCCCUCGAUGAAUGGGCCUCAUCCAGGGUGGAGAGGGAGAGAGGGAUGGAGAAUGGCCUCACCCCAGAGGAAGUGGACCUAGAGGGCAGCUACAAUCUCCACCACCCCCUGCAGGCUUCUAACCAGGCCUCCACCACACCCAGGAACACAAGGAGUGGCCUCGCUGGCCUGGGGCAGGAAGGCAAGCUGGAGGAGGAUGGGGAAGAGGAGGAAGAAGAGGAGGAAGGAGAAGAGGAGGAUUUGGAAAGGGAGAGCAGUAGUCCAGGGGAUUCCCCUACAGAGCAUGGGAUGAGGAUGUCUCUAUCCAUGUCAACUGCCCUCGGCUCUGACCGUCUUACACGAGAGGAGGAAGCAGUGAUGGGAGACUAAACGGCAACAGCAUCAUCCUGCAGAGAGAUGGGAAGAGGGAGUUCAACUAGACAGUGCAGAAGUGUAGGAGUCAAAUGUUAGGGGUCAUUAUAUCACUUCCUUGUUCUCUUACAUACAGCAGUUCAGGGUCAUUGACAUGUUAAGUCCGCUGACAAGUAUAACUAAGGACCACGGACUGAGAUGCACCUCCAUUGAGAGGGUUGUGUAAACAUCAUCUCUCCUAAGGAAAAAAAUCAUACAUUUUUCUCUCGCCUUUUAAUAUUUACAUCCCGGGAGUUCAGUGCAGUCCUCUUGAUUUUCUCAACCAACCACAACCCCCCUUGUACAUACAGACAGUGCAGUGUGAAUCCUUUCUCUUCAGGACUUUUGAGGCCUUGAGUUCUAUAUUCCAGAGUUUCCUGUUUUCCAUUCCAUCCCCUAUCAAGAGGGCUAAUUGUGAUGAUUUGCUCGAGAUCGUCCUCUGGCUGCUGUUAAGUCUUAAUAUUACUAUGUGAGAACAAAUAAACUGUAACAUUCUACCAUUCCGGAGAACACAAAAAUGAUUUUAUCAGACCUUAUACUUCAUGUUUUGAGAAUAAUACUACUUCUAUGAGUAACGUUGUUGAUUAGUUAUACUUUAGCAGAACAAGUGUCAAAAGAAGCCAAACUUCAUCCCAACUGCCGUUUAGAUAAGAUACCACUCCUUGUCACUUUGACAUUUCAAGUUCAUAUGACGGUCUGUUCAAGAGCACUGAUUCGAUAACCGUGGUUCAACCACAACCAUUCAAGCCGUCAACUCAAACUAAGCUAUCCAGCUGUCAACAACAAAUAACACCACAGGAGCAACUUUUUACCAGAUGAAGAUGGCAAUGAUUAGGGAUAAGGUAACCCCUGACCCUGAUAUCACUGCCUCUCAUUGGUCAGAUUGCUGUUCCGAGGUCACCAUGGGAACAGUUUGUCAUUUCCUGUUUUCCCCUCAGUUUAGUGCCUGUCUAUGUUUGGAAUGUCGUCAAGGGAGUUCUACAGUAUAGCCCUCUGUUUCUGGGCUCUUAUAGAACAAUGAUAUCUGAGAAUACAGUAUAAAGCUAAAGUAUAUAUGUAAAAAAUUGGUUCUAGGCUAUUGUGAAUAGAAAUCUGUAGUGUUAAACAAAGAGCUGGUGUGGAUCUUUCUCUUUUCACAAGAGACCGGUAGCAUCUCUAUGUGGAUUCUGUGGAAAAAAAUUAUAAAGCACUUAGUCGAUGAAGAUGAAACAUCAAGAAAUAUUCAUAUGAAUGAAAAGAGGUCAAGGUGAAAGGUCAAUAAGUGAAAAGGGAGGUUAAAGGUCAGAGGUCAGCAUUUACAGCAGAAAUACCAGCGUGUUCAGAGUUAUUUCUACAUUGUCGUGGUGGCCAACGGACCAUUAAACAAACAGAAACAAAGCAAAAGUCUGUUUUGGGGGACACAGGACAGACAGACAGACGGACAGUGCAUCCUGAACACAAUCAGCUGGCACGUCUGGUCAGGUGACCAAGACUCCACGACCGUGUCACACUCUUUCCUUCCAUUCCUUUUAUGAUGAAAAUAACAGAAAAAACAAGGGGAAGGAAAAAUGGAUGAGAGAAAAGGGUGAGUUCCCUCACAGAGCGGAGGAUUCAAGAAAGCAAACUGUUGUAGUCUUGGGGUAUGCCGUCUUUUAGAUGACUAGAUUUCUGUCUUUCUUUCUUUUAAGUGAAGAAGAACGGGAAAGAAGAGUAAGCAUUAAAAACAUUAACAAAUCCUUAGAUACAUCCCAGUAGAAUAUGUGUAGCUUUUGUAAAGACAAGAAGAAAAUAAAAAAUAACUUUCUAUGUUUAUUUUCAUUUCAAGAAGAGAAGCUUACAGAGAAGGUUAUGAAUAUACAGUAGGUAAUGAUAAAAAACUAUAAGGCUUGUUGUUGUGAGGAAAAGACUAGUCGGAAUGUCAUGUCUAUAAAGAGCACUGUGCAAGGUUUAUAAUUUCCCAAAGUAGUUGUUUUUAUUUUGACUAUCGAUAGACCAAACUUUUUUUUUUAAAGAAAAUGUAAGGUGUCACUUUCUGUUGGAGUGUAAAAGCUGCAGUUUCAAUCCACUCGCCCAAUCAAUCAAUCAAGCAUUCAAUCAAUCUAUAAUCCAAUCAAAACAUUAUCAUUGUAUUAUUAAGUGCUUUGGAUGAGACUCAAGUUUACAUCACAAUAUAUAAAAAUAUUCAUCUCUGCCAAAUUUUGAUUGAUCAAUUUGUACUAUAGCCACGGUAUUGGUUUAGCGCAUCGUACUACACACAGCAUGUUCUGCACACAGUGAACGAGCAAACAUUUCAUCAUAAAAACAAUUAAAUAAACUACUUACGAUUGUAAACGUCACAAAAUUAUUUGAUUGGAUAAGUCUUUCCUUCUCGCCCUCCUAACCCCAUUGGUUGACAGCGAGAGCUUGGGAUUGGAACCUAACCCCAUUGGUUGACAGCGAGAGCUUGGGAUUGGAACCUAACCCCAUUGGUUGUAGGCGAGAGCUUGGGAUUGGAACCUAACCCCAUUGGUUGUAGGCGAGAGCUUGGGAUUGGAACCUAACCCCAUUGGUUGUAGGCGAGAGCUUGGGAUUGGAACCUAACCCCAUUGGUUGUAGGCGAGAGCUUGGGAUUGGAACCUAACCCCAUUGGUUGUAGGUGAGAGUUUGGGAUUGGAACCUAACCCCAUUGGUUGUAGGUGAGAGUUUGGGAUUGGAACCUAACCCCAUUGGUUGUAGGUGAGAGUUUGGGAUUGGAACCUAACCCCAUUGGUUGUAGGCGAGAGUUUGGGAUUGGAACCACAGUCUUACUUUUGGUUUAUGUGCAUUAUGUGUUUUACUUCUAUCCUUAUUAGAGCACCUUAUAUGAGUUUAGCAGUUCCCUAAGUGGUGUUUUCUUAAAGACUUAGGUUGCACCCGUAAUGACACCCUAUUCCCUAUAUGGUUCACUACUUUUGACCAGGACCAUUCCCAUAUAGGCCCUGGUCAAAGUAGUGCACUAUUUAGGGAAUAGGGUGUCCUUUGGGACAAUAACCUGUAGUGUCAAUGCCACCGUGCCUUCUGUGUCAAGCACUUCCUGGAGUUGGUAUUUUGUAAGCUCACCAAAAGCACUUAGCCCACAUCUCUCUUUCCCCUAGUAUAUCACCUAUUUAUUCACCUCAUUCUUCUUGACUUAUUUUAUCCUCUCCUUGUCUGUCACUCCAACUUCGACAGGGGCCAAGUGGGUUGUUGCCUUAUUUGAACAAUUUCUUACCAUCAGACAUAAUAUCACUUGGAGGUCAUAAUGCUAGCAUCGCUAGUAGCCCCCAGUGUAGGAAACAAGGUUGAUUUCAGCUAACCCGUGGCAAACCAAAGCCAAAGUUUAAUGGAUAAAUCUUAGAAUUAGGUGCCAAAACCUGUCCAUGGGGACACUAAACACGUUAAAUUAAGAUAAUAUAAUUCAAUGGUAUUAUCAAGAUAUUAUAUUGUCAUUCUCUCUAUCCUUUUAAUGUAUGUGUACAUCUCUCUUUUCUUUUUUCUCAACUUCCCUAACCUCUCUCUUCUUCCUUUCUUCCAUAACCUCUCUCUCUCUCUCUUCCGUAACCUGUCUCUCUCUCUCUCUCUCUCUCUCUCUGGCACCAUUAGAAGGUGAUGAUGUGUACUAUCUGGUAUUGAGGCCUUUUAUUCUUAGAUUUGUAUUUUCAAUUUGUGUGAUGUUCGUACGUUCGUUCAUUCGAUGCCCGAUGAGAUGGAGUAACGCUAUUCUUCUUCUUUUUAAAAUUAUUAUUAUUGUUUUGGCAUUAUUAAGGAGAAGAAGAGGAAAAAAAAUAAUAAGAAAAAAAAAUGUCUUGUUGAAUGUUGUACAGAUAGCACUAGAGAUGUGUUUUUAAUAAGAGAGCGCAAACCCAAGCUCUAGUCCCGCCCACUCCUCCCUCCCAUUGGCAGAUAGGACAAGUGGCUUGCCAAGGAUAGUACAAGUGACCCGCCAAUCAUUUAAAUGAACUGCCCUCCAACUGACAAACAUGUUCGAUCCAGUGAAUGUAAACUACAUCAUGAUCUUAAAUUACCCACAGAAUAUGUCAUAAUGUGAAAAUGUGAAUGUCCCAGACAGUCAAUGGUUCAUCUGAAAUAUUUCCUAAAUUGCUUCUUGCAAGGAAUCUCUCUGAAAUAUGCUAGAAAUCUUUUAACCGGUGGCUAACUAUAUUGUUGACCCAUAAUUUCCUAGUUUCACAUGCAUUUUGAAGUGCAGAUGUUAGAGUACUGUUGCAGUGUGUGUGACUGACAUAGGUCAUAGGGCCCUUGUCGAAAGUAGGGCACUAUAUAGGGAAUCGGGUGCCAUUUGGAACAAAGCCACUGUCUGUUGGAGAGGUGGAAGGGAGUGCUGGGUUUGGGCUCUCGUGUAGAUGACUGCCAUUGCAGUGAGGGAAAAACUGACCUAACCUAACAUAGUAGUGACUAAUAUGAGUUUGUGGACAGAUUUUAAAAAAACACACACAUUAGAGAUACAUUAAUAAAUGCAAACAAAGGAAAAAAAGG